AUGCGCGACUCCGAUUGGGGAGCAGUCAACCUCGUCGACCUCGUCGACGGCACAACGGCCGGGUUUCUGGUUAAGCCCGAGUUUCUGGAAGGGUCAAACACAUACAACCUUGUUGACCGUCUCCCCAAUAUCAAACGCUUGAAAGUCCAUGGAUUCUCCGAUCCAUUCGGUACAAUGCGGUUGCGGACCCUUAACCAGCUCACGGAUUUGGAGUCCUUGGAAAUGGCCGACGUCACUUUUGGAGAGGCGGCGGAUUUGCUAGAAUUCCUUUCGCCAAUGGUCCAGUUAAAGCAACCCGUCAUCUCUUCCCUUUACUUGGACCUCGCGAAAAACGCCAGAGCCGUUGCAGGUUUGCAUGAUGCAACCGAUCCAGUCCCCAAAGCGUUGCAAUCGCACAGUGUCACCUUCAACAAGCGCAAUGUGAUCUACCUUGUUAUGUGGCUUCUCGGGGGUACCUUUGACCUCACUGGCCUCACCGAUCUUGGGUUGACCACAGUGGGGCCUAGAAUUAAAAAACUGCAGUUUUGCAUUCCUUUGCACCUUCAGGGAACGGUGCUGAAAUCAAUGGCACCAGCCUUCAAGGCUUUCAGUUAUUUCAAGCAAUUAGCGAUAGUGGAGUUCAGGACUACACUGGACCGGGAGAGAAACCUUUCUCUUGACCUCAAAUCGAUUGUGCCUCUUACCGCUCACAAUACGUUUCCAAACCUGUGGAAGAUACAGGUUUCCGUGCGGUUAUUCUCGGUGGACCAUGGCGAUUACUCUUCUGUUUGGAGCGACUUCGACGCACAUUUUUCCGGCCCAAAUUUUCCACAUCUCCGGGAGUUUGUGAUUUGUGGAACAUUCUUGGACGAAGACGACGUCGUCGACGAUUUGGUUCUAGCUGAUAUCUCAUCCAUGAUCAGGAAGUGCAUGCCUACCCUGGCGUCUCGUGGUUAUUUGAAGUUUGAGAGGAAGUUUGCAGUCGUUCCAGAGUGGUUCGCCAUGUUUCGUCAAUCACUGCUGGAGCCGGUUUCCGAGUACGAGUCUUUUUAG